GGGAUAAAGCUAGGAUGGGAGAGCGCCCUUCAUAAGUCAAGCAUGCAUCUAGCUGUGAGAUCAUUUGUGUUAUAAAUAUCUCGCUACUACAACUACCGCAGUCAAAGCUAUGCCUAACAGAAGUGCAACUGCGCGCAAACCGUUACGGCUGCAUGGAGCAAGGGAUCCACGAAAAAAUGCUGGAGCUCUUCUAGCACUGUCAGAGCCAAUGUUUUUGGAAGAAUGAGCUUAUCUUUCUUCGUUUUGUGUUUCACCUAUUUAAUUCGCGUCUUCGCUGAACAGGUCCAUUUGGAGGAUCAACUUCCAGAGAGCAGCAGCUCCGGGCGCAGGACUGGCAGACUUUAUUGUAGGGUUGGCAUUGGAUUUCAUUUACAGAUUCAUCCUGAUGGCAGAAUUAACGGCAGUCACGAACCUAGCCUCUUGAGUAUUUUGGAACUUUUUGCAGUGUCCCAAGGGAUUGUUGGAAUUCGUGGGGUAUUUAGCAACAGAUUUUUAGCAAUGAAUAAAAAGGGAAGACUUCACGCAUCUACCAAAUUCACAGAUGAUUGCAAGUUCAGGGAACGGUUUCAAGAAAACAGUUACAACACAUAUGCCUCAGUAACACAUAAGAAUCACCGGAACGGAAGAGAAUGGUUUGUGGCUUUAAACAAAAGAGGGAAAGCAAAGAUGGGUUCCAGUCCCCGGGUAAAGUCUCAACAUGUUUCAACGCACUUUCUGCCAAGGUUCUUUUCACGAGAGGAGAAUGAGCCAGGGUUUACAAUCACUGAAAAGAAGAAAGAGAGGAAGAAGCAUCCAGCAUCAACAUCAAAGCCCACAGUGCCAAAGUUAAACCCGAAUACUGGUCAGAAAACUGUUCAGACAAUGAAAUACUGGCCCAAAUUUAGAUUUGGGUAGAGACUCAUAUAUCCAACUGGGAAUAUAAGCAAAGAAAAGUGAAAAAGAUGUAUUAUGCAUAAUACAGGCCACGUUGAAUAGAAGCCGAAAUGAGCUAAUACCAAAAUACAGAAGAUCAUCCAUUUAGCUCAGUCCAAAGCAAAAAAUGUUUUGUUAUCACUUGUAGCAUUCCAACCAGCAAUGGAGCAGCCGUCAGUAAUCCAUAAGAAUUGAUGAGGUUGGUAAUGAAUGUGUCUGAUGUCGCAGUUUCAAGAGAGCUCUUGCAUUGUUUCCAAAGCAUCUUUAUUACCUCUGAGAGCUAAAGGGGUGAAGAAUGACUGGUCAGCACUAGGUAUACCAGUGCCUGCUGCCUUUAUUUCUUAAUUGUCAAAGAUUCAGCAUUUGAACUGUGAACAAAUGUAAACCUUUUGGUACAGAUUAAGUUUAUUUUGGUUUGGAUGGUAAAGUCGUGUUGAACACAAUCAUGUGAUUUUGACCUGAAUACUGAAUGUUUUGUUGACAUUUUGUGACUUUUGAAAUAUAAUUAUCUGUUCCUGUGCAUUUUCUCUAUAUUCAAUUCAGCAAUAUAAACAUGGUAACAGUAUAUUGAGAUACUGAAUUUUUAACAUAUGCAAAAGGCACAGAGAUUUUUUUAUGGCUGGCCACUUUUAUUCAUUCACUGAAAAAUAAUGUUACUCGAGCACGAAGCCUUACCAGGCCCAGUUUUUUUUUUUCAUGAACAGGUGGAAAGAUGAAUCACAGACUGUCUAUCACUCCUAUCAUUUUAGUCUCUGGCCGUUUAAAAUAUCCCCUCUAUGACCCAACAGCAUUCCUGCAUUCAGAGUUCCACAGGGAUAAAGAUGCCUCACAGGAGGACUACAUGUUUUGGAAAUGGCUGAAGCCAUAGGUGUAUCAGGUGGCAUCCAUUAAUGUCAUGGCCUAUUAUCACACAGUGUUAGCUAAGAAUCCACCCCAUCAAAGGCCUCCUAAGAAUUGGCUCUGGAAGGUAAUGAUUCUUGUGGCUGUGUUUACAGUGAAACAAAUGACUUGUGGGCUAUAAUAGAACACAUUGUUCUCUAAAAACAACAAACUAUGUCCUUUGAUUGCUGUCACCGUGCUGCUGUAUUGGUAUUAUAUAUCACGAUUUUACUUGAAACACUUUCAAUGCACAGUUGGUGAAAGAUCAGGUACAAGUAACAUUGCCUUGUUUGUCCCUGCCAUGAGGUAUUUUACUGCACUGCUAAAUGACUCAGUAUAAUAUACAAUAACAAAUGAUUUGCAAAACGC